CUAUAUCCCACGACAUAUCUGCACCGUAUACUUACGACAUACGUGUAUACUUACAAUUCCGCUCCACUCUUUUUGUGCUUCUGCUGCAUAUAUAUUCGAGUGAAACAAUCUGGCUCUACAUGUACGGAAAUGGCAAGAAGGUGGGUGGGGUAUAUGUAAUGCGGAGUUAAACCCCAAAAAAAGUUCCGUGCUUUAAGAGAGAGAGAGAGAGAGAGAAACAGCGAUGAUAGAGAGCUCGAGUGAAAAUGGCAGCGGGUUCACUGAUAUAGAAACGAGGGAAGAAGAAAUGGAGAGGAAGAGGAAGGAGAAGCCGCCGGAGGACGAUUGUUGCCCCAUUUGUUUCGGGGACUUCACCGUGUCUUGCAGGACCAAUUGCGGCCACUGGUUUUGCGGAAAUUGCAUUUUGCAACUCUGGAUGUAUAGAGGGGCACUUCGGGCUUGCAAGUGUCCCAUAUGCACUUGCUCCAUCUCCAAGCUGACACCGGAGGCAUCAUUGUUUUUUCAACAGGAAAAGGAAGUUGUUGACCUCCUUAAGGGCAUUCAGCAGUACAAUCGUCUAUACGUAGGGGGUUUGAAUGGGCUUUUGCUGAUACCUCUCUUAUUUAGAAGAGUUUUCUGGGCACUUAUGGACAUGCUUUUGGAUCCGCAUCAAAUAAGACUAAACUAUAAUAUGAUGCGCCUUGUGGCUCUUUUGCUAGGUUGGAUCUACCGCACAUGUGAGUUUGACUUCAUUCCCACUGGUAGACUGGGAAUUUAUGGGUUGUUUGAUACCUGUGCGGUUAUAGUGGUUGUGGUUCUGUUCUUUGCCGGCCUAUACCGGAAAUGGGUGCGUGGCCGCCGUGUGAGGCGGUUGGCUAUGGAGGAAGCAUGGCCUAAUUGAAGCUUGCAAAUAUCUGGAUUUUAGCAUUUCUUUGUGACAUCCCAACCAAUCUAGUGUUAGCCUAGUCUUCAACUAUAGAUACCCAUUAACCAGUCGCCGCGUAAAUACGGUCGUUAUUUUGCCGCAAAAUCUGUUAGUGCCAGCAGAUGACAACCACAUUUCCCUCGUAGUCUUGUACAGUACUACAGUAUAUUUAUUUAUAUUAGCGGUAAUUUAAACAUAUUUUAAAUUAUUUUUCCUUUUA